AUGGAAGAGGUGGUGUGGCAGUGCUUUGCUGGUGGCACUAGAGAUCUACCAGAGGAAGAACAGGAAGACUGUCUCUCAUUGGCCAUCAGUGAGCAGCUGGCUGACUGGCAGGCUUCUUCACCCCUGAGGACCAUUCAGGAGGAAGUUGUUGCAAUUGACCCUGCCCUCAAAGGGACCAUCAGCCAAUCACAGAUCACUCAGGCGUUUCUGAGACAUGAGGUUCCACUGAAAUUACCAACAUUCCGUCAGCUCCUCCUAACGUUCUGUGAUGCUGACCAUCCAGAUCAGGUGCAUUACAAAGACCUUCUACAAUUCCUCAGUGGUAUUGUGUUACCCAAAGAGCUACAAGAUGACAUUAAGGCAGAGUUUGGGCAUGUGUCACACACAUCAGAAGUCCCCAGGGGUUGCACUGAGCCCCCGCCAGCUUCUGUGUAUCCCAUGGAAACAGAAAGAUGGCUCCAAAGGUUCCAGAGAAUGGAGAGAGCCAUGCACACAUGUGACAGCCAGAACACUGGUUACAUAGACCAGGACAAAGCCAGACGUCUGAUUCAGAACUACAACCACAUCUUCAACCUGAACCUGACUCCCCUGAGGAUCAGUGAUGUCACCCAUUAUCAUGGAGGGAGAAGACAGGGCAAAGUCCACCUGGACACAGCCCUACAGUACCUAAAGGAACUGUGAUGAAGGUGUUUGGUGAGGACUUGAAAUAUGUGUGGGGUUUGGUGUGUGUUGAAGACUGUAGGUUUUUGUCUGUAAGUAAACAUUGGCAUUAUCUUUGUAGUAGCUACUAUGUAAUGUGAGUCUUGUUUAGAAAGCAAAAUUUGUGCAGAUAAUUAAAUAAAAAAAUCUCUAUACACUUUCA